AGAUUCUUUUUUCUUAUUCCAAAAGAUACUAACUUAAGCAGUAUAAAAUUGAGUUCAGUUUCAAAGGUGUCCAAUGAGUUACAGGUUGCUAAGCAGCAACAUUAUCAACACUGAGUGGAGUGCCCUUUUGAAACUUCAAAAUUUCCCAAACUCCAACCAUAUUCCUAAUUUCUUUUUGCUUAAUAGGGUUCGGUGUUGCAGUAACAACUACAAUAAUUUGGAAAUGGAGGAUCUUGAUCCCACUAAACUCAUCGUUAUCAAUGAUCAGCGGUCCCUCGACCACAAGAUUUCCGCCAUUCGUAAUGCUGGCCCUUCUAAACUCCAGGUGAUUGCGGAUUUUGAUGCAACUUUGACAAGGUACUGGGUCAAUGGGCUCCGAGGACAAAGCAGUCAUGGCCUUUUGAAGCAAGGAAAUCCAGAGUAUGACGCCAAGAGGCAAGCAUUAUUUGAAUACUAUCAUCCAUUAGAAUUCUCCCCGGUGAUUCCACUUGAAGAGAAAACCAAACUCAUGGAAGAGUGGUGGGGGAAAACGCAUGGUCUUCUUAUUGAAGGAGGCCUUACAUAUGAUGCAAUAAAAAGCUCUGUUGCUAACUCUAAUAUUGCCUUUAGGGAUGGUGUAGUUGAACUCUUUGAGUUAUUGGAGGAGAAAGAUGUCCCGGUUCUCAUAUUUUCAGCAGGGCUUGCAGAUAUUAUAGAGGAGGUCCUGAGGCAGAAAGUUCACAGAUAUUUUAAGAACAUUAAAAUUAUCUCAAACCAGAUGGUGUUUGAUGACAGUGGUCGCCUUGUAUCUUUCAAAGGGAAGUUGAUUCACAGUCUGAAUAAAAAUGAGCAUGCUCUUGAUAUGGCUACACCUCUUCAUGAUCAAACGGGUGGCAUUGACGGUGCUGUUGCAGACAAUGCCUCAGUGAAGCAGAGGACUAAUGUGCUACUUCUAGGUGAUCAUACUGGUGAUUUGGGAAUGUCUGAUGGCUUGAAUUAUGAGAAUCGUAUAUCUGUGGGGUUUUUGAAUGACAACAUUGAGAAGAAUCUUGAGAGCUACCGCAAGGCUUUUGAUAUUGUUUACUUGGAUGACAGACCCAUGUGGGGAGUGGUGGAUCUUGCAGCUGAGCUGUGUUCAAAGUUUGAUGGUUAACGCUAUUCUCCUCAUUCUUGUAACAUUUAUACAUCCAAUCCAACACCCUUCUUUAGGCUAAAUAGAUCUUUGAUUAGUUGUUGAUGUUUAUGUUGACCAUUGUUGACUGGCAUUAGUUGUUCCUUGAUCGACUUUGACCGACGAUUAAUAGAUGUUAAUCCUCUUAACUUUUAUUUUGUUAUUUAAAAA